CCGAAUACAAUCAUGUACUUAUUCCACUUCACACUCUUGGCGCUCGUCGCUCUCAGUUACACCGCCCAGUUGCCAUCUAGAAGCUAUCUUCCUUCACAAGGUCAAAGUCAAGGCAACUUCCAAAGUCAGGGCAGCUUCGGCAACUUCCAGAGUUCCAGCUCCGGGAAUACUGGGAACACACGCCCGCAGCAGGAGGCAGAGAAACAUGCUGAAGUUUUGAAGCAGGACACUGAAGUUGGUGAAUCUGGUUUCCACUACAGCUUCGAAACCACAAACGGCAUCAGAGCUGAAGAGUCCAACAACGCUGGCAACUCCCAAGGCGGGUUCUCGUACAAAGGGGAUGAUGGUAUCACUUACACCAUCACGUACACAGCAGGAGAGGGGGGCUAUAAGGCUCAAGGGGCCCAUUUGCCUGUAGCUCCUCCUACACCGGAGGCUAUACUACUAGCCCUUCAACAGAAUGCCAAGGAUGAGGCUGCUGGCAUUUUUGACGAUGGAAAAUAUGACGCAGCGAAGCACGGCGGUGGAAUGAGCUCCAGCUCAUCAGGAUCAGGGUUCAGCUCCUCGUCCUUCCAGUCAUCAUCAUCAUCAUCAUCAAGCUUCGGAUCGACUAGUCAUCAGACCAGCUUCAACCCUAACACUGGAUACAGAUAUUAAUCUACUCAAUGA